AUCGUCUCGGAACCUUCCCGUUCCAUCGCUUCUUCGCGUGACCAUCCCACCCUCCGUGUGCGAGAUAUAGCUCAAUUUCAACCCCCCCUGUGUUUGUAAAGUGCGUGAACGUUGUCCUGCUUCGUUGUAGCGUGUUUGUUUAGCGAUUGAUUGAUUACAAUUUAUUCUACCGUUCGUAAGAUAGUGGAGAAAAUCAUAAAAAAAACGUAUCAGACGCAGGGGAGUGCGCACCACGAGCAGCUUUCUAGCGACAGAACCCCGUGUCGUGUGGGUGCUUUAAUUCAUUAGCCAAAAUUUUGCUUUCAGCAUCCCACCGGAACAAGCGCGGGAGAGAAAGUGUCAAGAAGAAAGUGGCAUUCCAACGGGGAGAUCCCAAAGCAAAUCAAGUAAUCAAGUGCAACCAAGUGCUAGUGUGCUAGUGUGUGUGUGUGCGUGUGUUGAAAGCAGAAAACAGAUAAGAUUGGCAUUUUUUACACCCUGCCCACCCGGAAAAAAAAGAAGCUUACAAAAUUUAGUGAAAUUCCGUGCUGAUUUGUGUGUACGCACGUAAAGAAAGGCGUGCACAAGUGUAAUCACUUGAAACCGAGUGCGUGUGUUUUGUUUAGGGAAAGUACAGCCGGAGGCGGCAACAGGAGCAGCACGACGCGACAACAUGAUACACGUAGGUGACAAUACCUGGAACCUGAAGGUCUACAUUACCGACCUUCAGGUGCAGAAAACGCUGCGUGUCCGGGGCGAUCUGCACAUCGGCGGUGUAAUGCUGCGUCUGGUCGAUCCAGAAAACCCGAAAGAUUGGUCAGACCACGCACUCUGGUGGCCGGCCCGGAACCAAUGGUUAACGCGCACCAAGUCAACCCUCGACCAGGUGGGUCUACAUGCGGACGCCGUCCUGCACUUCACACCAAUGCACAAAACGUUGCGAGUUCAGAUGCCGGAUCUGCGAUAUUUAGAUUGCCGAGUGGAUUUCUCGAUCAAGACAUUCGGUGCAGUUGUGGCACUAUGCAAGGAUCUGGGCAUUAGACACCCGGAGGAGCUAUCUUUAUGCAAACCUCUGGAACCGAUGCAUUUGAAGAAGAACUACGCCGAUUUGGCCAAAAAGAAGAUACCGAUCGAACAGAAUGGGAACGGGCGCGACUACAUUCAUCUGCCUCCGGACACAAACACCUUCAUCCCGGUGGCCGCACAAAACCUAAACGGCAGCAAUGGAAGUCUGGACGGACCGGUCAAUCAUGGCCCAUUUUCGUGUGCUCCCGUACCGAACUCGCACUUUUCCACACCGAAACCGGCCCUACAAAGCACUCCGAUCAGUUCGCCGACUGGUACACUGCGACACGGACACGGCUCGGGUUUCAGUGAGUCGUCGUCCAGCAUCGGCGAUACGACAGAUAGUUUGGCAUACAGUCCUUGUGCACCGAGCCCCGAAGCUCGGUCUCGCUUGUUGAAGCCGAAAUCACUGGUCGAACGGGCACGCAUGAACAUCGGUUGGCUUGAUUCGUCCCUGUCCAUCAUGGAGCAGGGUAUCCGGGAGUUUGAGACGCUCUGUCUCCGUUUCAAGUACUACACGUUCUUUGACCUGAACCCCAAGUACGACCAGGUGCGCAUCAAUCAGCUGUACGAGCAGGCCAAGUGGCAGCUGCUGAACGAGGAGAUCGACUGUACCGAGGAGGAGAUGCUGAUGUUCGGUGCUCUGCAGCUGCAGGUGAACAAACAAAACGAAGUACCGCAGGCCGACUCCGGUAUCGAUACCUCCAGCCUGGACAAUGCGGCUGACGACGAUGUGGAUGCGGCACUGCGCGAACUGCAAAUCACGCUCGAAGGACCAAGCAAUGGUGUGAACGCAGGCGACAUUACGCAUAUUCCGGAGCUAACCGACUAUUUGCGCUUUUUGAAACCAAAAAAGUUCACCCUGAAGGGUUACAAGCGUUACUGGUUCACGUACAAGGAUCUACAUCUGCAUCUGUACAAAUCGCGUGAAGAUUCACGCUCGAACGGUCCACCCCAGGUGACGAUCAAUCUGCGCGGUUGCGAGGUAACGCCCGAGGUAAAUUUGGCGCAGAAGAAAUUCAACAUCAAGCUGGAGGUUCCGCUGGAACAGAGCAUUAACAGCGAAAUGUGGAUCCGGUGUGACAAUGAGGAACAGUACGCCAAGUGGAUGGCUGCGUGUCGGCUCGCCUCGAAGGGUCGAUCGCUUGCCGACAGCUCGUACGACAGUGAGGUGGCCAGCAUUCGGUCAUUCCUGAGCAUGCAGAAACCGGCACAGGUAUCCGCGAUCAACAUUAACCCGACCGAAAUCGACCCGAACGAGUAUCUCGCUCCACGGUACGUGAAGAAGCUGAAGAACAAAGCCAUGCACCGUAUGCUGGAGGCACACGCGAACGUGAAGGAUCUGCCGCUGGUUGAGGCGAAGCUGAGCUACAUCCGGGCAUGGCAAAGUUUGCCCGAGUUCGGUGUGACACUGUUCGUGAUCAAGUUCGAUGGCCACAAGAAGGAGGAGCUGCUCGGUGUGGCUAGCAAUCGUAUCAUGAAGAUGGACAUUGCGACCGGCGAUCAUCUCAAGACGUGGCGAUACAACACCAUGAAGGCCUGGAACGUGAACUGGGAAAUUCGGUGCAUGAUGGUACAGUUCCAGAAUGAAACGGUCGUGUUCUCCUGCCUGUCGGCGGACUGUAAAGUGAUACACGAGUUCAUCGGUGGUUACAUCUUCAUGUCGAUGCGUUCGAAGGAAACGAACCAAACGCUCAACGAGGAACUAUUCCACAAGCUAACGGGUGGAUGGAACUGAAGGAGAUCAGAAUAGACCCCUUCUUCCAAAAAACACAGUAUCAGCUCCAACGAUGCUUCGGAAUGAUUUCACUUGUUUCGUGUAUCAAUUCACGUUCGUUUUUUACUUCUUGUUGUACUGUACAUAACAUUAGCGGUAGCGUUUAGUUUACUGUAAUCGUACCCAUCCUUCCCAAUCCCCUAGGAAGAUUGGCGACAUCUAGUGCGAUGUUGUUUUAUUUUUCGUCAAUUUUAUGUUUAACCUGCUGUUUUUAAUCGUAGCUUAAUGCCCCCCAAUUUGCGUUGUGGCAUCGUAAUCGCCGUGUCUCUUUUUACAAUAGCGCGUUUGUUGUUUCCCAAACCCAAUUUCUGUGCAGAAGCAGAAGCAAAACCAAUUCAAUUUAGAUACGCAAUGUUGAAGGGCCGACGGUGUUGGGUGCCCUCUGACUAGCACGGCAAUUCUUAGGAAAACUAUCGAAAGUAACAUGAAUGAGCAAGAAGCGAAAACAAUCAGAUGCCUUACUUAUUAGUAAUUAGAACGAUUUGAAAGUAUUUGAACGGGGCACGACGGCGUAUAAGCAAACCCAGCAGCUCCAAGCGUGACGGGAAGUUAGUUUUAAACUUGUGGCAAUCGUACGGAUAGCUUACCGGGGAUAACCAUAAUUUGUCUUCCCCUUUUUCUGGCGCACGCUGAUCAAUUAGUGCCCGAACAACAAAACAAGGUGCCUAUGCAGUAGAAUGUUUACAAACUGUAGUGGGUCGAUUGCACGUGUUAUCAUCAUGCAAAUGCUUUUGCAAACGUUCGUACCGCAACCACGACGGUUGUUUGUUUCUUUUUUUUAGUAAUAUUUCUGGUAAUUGAGUUGUACCGGCCCAUAUUUAGUCGAUUUUAAUCGCUAUUGUGCGAGUUAACAUACAAAAUACUAGGAAAUCAAAGUCUUGCGAUAUAAUACCCCGAAAAAUGAUACCAUGUCCUUAUCCACGCUACUUAACCAACUCUCACGGGUGUUGUGACUGUAAUAGAGAGCAAAACUUACGCAUGAUUCGUGGUGAAAUGAUUUCAAAACUUACACUAGCACAAACUAAUACGCCACCAAACGCCUCUGUGGAUAUGGACGGAUGGACAUCACCGACAACCGUACGUGUUUGCGGUGGGCGUACUCUUUUUUAUGUAUUCGUUUUUCGUCGGCAAACAUGUUAGGACUAAUUUUACUGUUGUACUGAAGUAAUAAAUUCGAUUAACAAUUAAUAAUGACCCAA